AGUCACAACGGUCUCUUGUACUGUGAACUGUAAGAAUGCUUUGACAUAUUUUUUACUUAUUAUAUUUGUCAAAUUAGUAGUGGCGUAUCUGUGAAUGUCAUUCGUAAGCAUGUCGUUGCGAAGACUAGACCAAGAAUAUGCUUUGGAGGAAAGGGGAAGGUUUUUUAUAUCAUCUGAAACGGAAGGCGACUGGGACGAGGAUAGCCAUGUUGAUCAUCGUCAACUUGUUUUAUUCAAAGCCGAUGCUUUAGCUUCGGAAAAUCGUCUUAAAGAGGCCGUAGAUAUGUUUUCCAUGGCUCUCCGAUAUGGCCCUGUCCGGCCAGACCAGCUGAGCAGUUUAGUUGGAUGCGUUCUGCGCAACUUCAAGAAGAAAUCAGAAGAGUCGACUGCAAAAAGUGAGCCGAGGUGGACAUCGGAUUGUGAAUUUGACUGUCCUGGUUGUCAUAGUUUCGUAGCCGAUCCCGUGACGGUGCCAUGUGGACAUACGUAUUGCAGGAGAUGUUUACAACAUAGCACUUUUUCUAAAUGUAAACUGUGCAGUGAAGACAUUGGGAGGAGGCCCGGGGAACCCCGAUUGAAUGUGAUCUUAUGUGGACUUUUAGAGAAGUGGUUCCCAGAAGACGUCAAAAGAACUAAAUGUAUAGGGGAAGCUGAAAACCUAUUGAAGAGUAAACAGUACGACGAUGCUAUUGCACUAACGAGUCAAUUAUUAGAAACUGACUCUAGUAAUGUGUGGGUGCAGGUGUGCCAUGCCGAGGCUCAAAGAGGAAUGAAGCAGUACCGUAAGGCUUUGGAAAACUGGGAGUCCUGCCUGAUUGCUGCCCCAUCCCCAGAGGGAUAUUUCCGGAAAGCAAAACUUCUCCAAGAGAUGGGUCAUGUGGAUGAAUCCCUGCAAGUCUUCCUUCAGUGUUUGGCAUUGGAUGAAAACUUCCAUCAGGCCAAACAAGAGGUGGAAAUGAUCUUGCAUGACCUGUUGGCUCCAGCCUGUGAUAAUGUCAAGGUUGGAUUGAGAGAGACAACCCACAGCUCUUCAUUUCACUUGCGCAGUAAAACUCUGGUGUCUGAUGGCCAAAAUCUAGACCAGCAGACCCAGUUGCAAGCCCAGCACCAGUCUGACACUCAGGCAGCAUCUGCCCACCUUCCCUCUAAAACCUCAGAGAAACCAGGUCGAUCUGAAAGUCUGGAACGCUCCGGCCUGAGCAGAGCUCACUCCCUUCGUGCUCACGGGAUAGGGGGAGGUGUAGAGGAGGGGCUUAAAAGAGUUAGCUCCGCCCCCCAGUUGGGUGACCCAGAAAAAGGCACGCUGCUGAAGAGGAAGCUGUCUGUGUCUGAAGCAGGGCCUAGCGUGGCUUACAGCCAUGGCAGUAAAUAUAAAAAGCAAGUUGUGACUGCCAGUGCAGCUACUCCUGUGGUUACUGAGGAAACCAAGGCCUAUCAAACCCUGCCAAAAGACCUGCUGGAUCCAAAUGAUUUUGAGUGCUCUCUCUGUAUGAGAUUAUUUUAUCAACCCGUCACAACACCCUGUGGUCACACGUUCUGCAAAAACUGUCUGGAGCGCUGCCUAGACCACAAUUCCCAGUGCCCUCUCUGCAAAGAAAGCCUGAAAGAGUAUCUUGCCUUUAGAAAGUACACAAUCACACAAGUGCUGGAUGACAUCAUUAAGCAGUACCUAUCCAAGGAACAUUCAGAGAGACUGAAACUGCAUGCGGAGGAAACUAAAGAGCUCUCAGAUUUAACAAAGAAUGUGCCCAUCUUUGUUUGCACCAUGGCCUACCCUACUGUGCCUUGCCCUCUUCAUGUGUUUGAGCCACGAUACCGUCUCAUGAUCCGACGCUGCAUGGAAACUGGGACACGUCAGUUCGGCAUGUGCAUCAGUGACCCCCAGAAAGGGUUUGUGGACUUCGGCUGCAUGCUUCAAAUCCGAAGCGUGCAUUUCCUCCCAGACGGGCGCUCUGUCGUGGAUACAAUCGGAGGAAAGAGGUUUCGCGUCCUCUCACGCGCAAUGAAAGACGGAUACUGUAUUGCCAACAUCAAGUAUCUGGAGGAUAUGAAGGUAAAAGAUGAGGAAGAAUUGGAAAAGCUACAAGUUUUACAUGAUCAGGUGUACGACCAGGCCCGUAAAUGGUUCCAGAACCUGGAGAACCGCUUUCGGAACCAGAUCCUGCAGCAUUUUGGGCCAAUGCCUGAGAGAGAGGCUGACAUCCAGGCCACACCUAAUGGUCCAGCGUGCUGUUGGUGGCUGCUAGCUGUUCUUCCUGUUGAUCCACGCUACCAGCUGUCUGUCCUCUCCAUGACAACACUAAAAGAACGACUAGUUAAGAUCCGACACAUCCUCACCUACCUGCAGAACCUUCCCAGGGACUAGAGCUUCCUCACAAACACACACAGAACUCCCUGUCACUCUGCUGGCCAACAUGCAAACACUCAAUGGUGCUGACUGACGAAGAACUAAUGAGAUUCCAAGGAGAGUCCACUGAAAACUCAGCACAGAUUUACAUCUGUGUGCUUAGAUGUAAUUCAUGCAGAGAAUUACAAGAACAAAGUGUUUGUUGUUUCAUACCGAUCUGUUAAUCACCAUCGGUUUUCUUUGUGUUCAAGAUGAGUGUUAGACGACAUCCCUUCCUGUAGUAUUUAUUGUUCAACAGCCUGUCUGAUUUUGUUUAGGAGAAACAAUCUACAUAAAAUUCUGUUUCUGUCAGGUG